CGCCUCCCGGCCGCCUCGACCGCGCUCGCUCCCGCCGCGGCCCUGAGGAGGAGGAGCGCGCACGUUGCCGCCACGGCUCCCCGCAGCUGCUCGGCUCCCUUGGCUGUGUUCCUUCCCCGUCGGUCUUUCUGCCUGCCUGCUCACCCGCCUGGGAGGGAGGAAGCCAGCCAGCCAGGAAGCCGGCCGUGGGGAGGGGCCCCAGCGCCCCGCAAGGCAUCGCCUCUCCGACCCCCGCUGCCCCCCCAGGCCAGUCGUCGCCCCCCCGCGCCCGUUUCGCGCAGCUUUCCUUGCAAAUUGAGAAGAUGCUCACACUCCAGAGCUAUGGGGGGCAGUGGGGUGGAGAGAGAAGAGGAUAGAAAAUGAUGCAUCCUGUUGCCAGCAGCAACUCCCCUUUCUGCGGGACUGGAAAGAGUUCUUGCCUUAAUGAUGACAACGUGACACCCACUGAUCAGUUCGAUUUAUAUUCCACACAACAAACCAAGUAUAGCCACACAGUCAGCCACAAGCCAAUACCAUGCCAGAGACAAGAUGCGUUAAAUGAACCACACUUGCAGACCACAAGUGGCAGGAGUAUAGAGACGAAAGAUGAACUAAAGAAAAAGAAAAAUCUCAACAGAUCUGGUAAACGUGGAAGACCAUCGGGGACCACAAAAUCAGCUGGGUAUAGAACAAGCACAGGUAGACCGCUGGGGACCACCAAAGCAGCUGGAUUUAAGACAAGUCCAGGCAGACCCCUGGGUACAACUAAAGCUGCAGGAUACAAAGUCAGCCCAGGGAGACCUCCAGGUAGCAUUAAAGCUCUAUCACGACUUGCAAAUCUAAGUUAUACUUGUAGCAGUGCAGCUUUUCCGUAUGCUGUGGUGCAUAACAGAGGAGUGCAUGCUGCUGGUGAAACAAGUAGCAAAAUCAAGCAACCUGCUGAAUGAAAAAAAGAGGAAUUAAAUUACAUUUCCUCAGAAAUUACUUUAAAUUAUCUGAGUUGUGGCAUGUUUUUUCACUUCUUUUGUAACUUUCCCAUAACUCUUCUUUCCUGAAUUUUGUUUAUAGAUUUCAUAUCAUAAUCACUUUCAUGUUUCUUAUGUUUACAAGCGGACUCCUUAGCGAUGCCCUUGUGUGUAUCCAGUUAAUUGCUAAUAUUUAAAGUGUCAAAAGUUAUUGUCUGGCCAUUUUUGUUGUGUGGUUAUUCACAAUUAGCAAUUCAGAUUCUGCCUCUGAAGUUAUUGAAGGUCAUGAUAUAGACUUGGUCAAAAAUAAAUCAGAAUAGACUGAUAAAAACCAAUCUUCCAGACUGCUUUACCAAUAACAAUUCUUAAUAUUUUGCAAUGUAUGUCUGUUUGUGGGGUUUUUUUUUUGUUUUUAUUGGAGGGAGUAGGAAAAGAAUUAAAUUUUCCACAACUGUUGGAACUCAGCACGGACCUCAACUAUUUGUAGAUACUUUGAAAUUUUCAAAACUAUAUUUUUAAAAAAGUGGUCAUUCCAGGCAGUCAUUGCAUUAAAGUGCUAUCAGCUUCAAAUAACGCAGACAUUUUUCAAAAAUAGUUCAUAUGCAGCACCUGAUAUGUAUUCAGAGUGCUAUUUUGCCUUUAAAGUAUGGUAGCUCUCCUAGUUCUACUAACUAUUGGAUAAUGACUUGCGAUUUAUAAAAACCUAAGACUACACAUACCAAAAUACAAAUAAUUAAACAUCUGUAAUAUUUUAUAAGGAACUUCUAAACAGUAUUAUCAGAUAUGCAUAUAAUGUGCAACCAUAGUAAACAGAGUUGAGAUUCUGCACAAUGGUAUAAAUAUAAAUCCAGUCUUUCAGUGAUAUUUGAUGGACACAAAUGUAUGCAGAAAUGUGCCGUUUCCAAAAUCUGUCAAUAAACAAGUCUUAACUGACUUUGCAAUAUCUGCUUUGGUGUGGAUAAAAAUUAUACCUUUCAGAUAGAUCAUCUUGCCAUUUUUAAUAAUGUAAGAGUCUUUUUAUUUGUCAUAUAUACUGUAUGUAAGAGAGCGUAUAUCUACCAAAGGAUAACAUUUCAUGGUUCAUAAUUGGAAACUAUAUAGUAGAUGCACAAACAAGUAGCAGUUUGUUUAUGGAUCCCAGAUAUUUAACAAACUAAAGGAAUACAUCUAUGCAUGGGAGGUGCAGAACUAUAAAUAAAAUUUCCUGACAUUUUGUGCACCUAAAAUUAAUGUUCUACGCCAAACUGGGUAUGUGGUAUUUUUUUAAAUGUGUGGAUAUGUGAGACAAUGUAUAAUACACACAUUACAUUGUAACUCAAACAACUCUCAAUAUUAAAUAUAUUCCAAAUAUUUCUUAUUUAGAAUUAAAGCUGUUAAUUCUGAAAAUAAGUUUACAUAUAGUUAUAGAUUAAAUUUUAAAAUUUGUAUCUUCAAAUACACAAGAGAGGUUAUAGAUAAAUAUUUGCAAAUUAAUGAAAACAAAUAUUUCAGGUUAAUUAGAGUGACAAAAAUGGAACAGUGUUGAUUCUUUUCCUUUGUAAGAUAAAUGUUGUGGCCUGCUGACAUUUUGAUGACAACUCUGAUUUAAGUAAUGAUAACUUAAGAAAUGGAUGUCAUUUCAUGCCUUUUUUAUCAGGAAAAAAGCAGCAAGCCUUCAGGUUUUCCAGUGAUGCCUAACUCAUAAUGAGCUGGACUUUAUCCUGUGUUUUAUAAUAGGUGUGUUGAAUUCUUUUGGGGGAACUAUGUAUGCACUGGCAACCAUGAACCUCAACAGUACUGGAAGGCUCUUUAGUCAUUGAAACUAAUGGCAGCUAAACUGCUACUAAAAUAGUUUCCCCCCCCCCGAAGCUAUGAAGCUCGUUAUAUAUUUCUUCAAGAAACUUCGGAAGUAUGAAAUCUUUAUUAACUUUUCCCCACAGUGGUGCAACUUCUGACACACACAAUGCUAAGGUGAGCUAAUUCACCCUCAGGACAUACGUUGUGUUGGCUGUUUUGUUAGAUGGUUGGGUUUUUUCCUAUCUCAACCUAAAGGCUGCUUCAGACCCUUUCUGAACUUUCUCUUGGAAAGCAGCUGAAUGUAAAAACUACAAAAAUAGCAUACCUUUCUGGCAAGGAGCAAGUUGCAUGUCACCAAUGUACAUUUGAGUAAUUUUGCUUCUUAUCUCUUCCUGUUUUCCUCAUUCUACACCCUUUUCCUUCUUAUGUGUACAUCUACUCAAUGGUGCAGUGCAGUUGGAAGAUAACGCAGGUGCAUUAUUGCUCUAGUAUAAAGAAUUUUGUAUUCAAAUAUGCUGAGAAAAUAAUGAAAUCAUCUAAGCAAUUUUAGGCUCAUUUGUAGUGCUUAUUAGUCAUAUCAGGUGGAAAACAUGCCCACUAAAAAGACUAAUAUGGUCAGUUGUAAGAAAGUAAGCGGAAAACCCCCUCUUCCAUUUCACUAAAGGGCCAUUUCUCUACAGGGCAGUUAAAACACCCUGGAUUUGAAAAUGAGGCCUGAAGAACACUGUUGGGCAUUUCUUGAUUCCAUUUUAUUUUAGCCUCUGCUGUGGUUUACAAGUGCCAUGCUGUGUGUGGGGGAAAACGGUCAAGAACUUGAGAUGUUUGAAUGGUAUAUUCAAAUAUUUUUGCUACUCCUGUAUAUAAUCUUCAAAAUACAUUGUGCUUUUCUUUUUUUGUAACACUGUCUCUUGUCAUGACAAACACUGAAACGGCAUGUUAAUUCCUAUACUUUGAUAUUAUUGGGAAGGCGAGAUGGAAUGUCCAUUUCUCCACAUAGUAUUAAUACAUGAUUUGUAAAGCAAAUUGAUAAUUUUAUAUUAUAUACUUAAAUUCUGCUCUUCAUAAACUAGGGUUGUUGAUGUGUAUUGGCACUGUUCAGAAAAUCUACACAUCAAAUUUGUGUUCACUUUUCUUUUAGUUAAAUUUAGAAUUUCUAUUUUUCAUCAUUUGAUAAAGCAUUUAGCAUAAUUAAGCAUUAAUAGGGAUCUGUACUGUAGCUGCGAUUUUACACACAUUCAUAAAUUGCUGUUCACUUUCUGAUGAAAUUUACUUAAACUGUAGAACCAAAUAACUUUACUACUAUAUUUGAAGUCUUGCACUGGAUAUUUUCCAAAUCUUGACACACAUUGGCACAAGUUUUAUUACAAAGGAGUGAACUAUUAUGAUGGUAGCAAUUUUUUUGGUAUUUUUUUCUUGGUACACCCAUAUUAAGAUACAAUGUCAUUGAUCAAAACUCAUUUGGCAUUUCUCUUUUGCUGUGGUUUGUUUUAAUUAUGUUUCAAAGUGUUUUAGUCUUGGGACAAACCCAGACAAGUGAGAUCAUUGCAUAUAGAAUGAAAAAUUCCUUGAUCCACAAUGCAGAAGGCAGUUAAUCUUUUUUUAAAUUAUUGUUUUGGAAGGGCAGAGUAAUGGGGAUAACUUAGAAAAUGACCAAUAAAGUUAUCAUUCUGCCAUUUAUUACUGUAUGUACAGUGCAGCAUCAAGCAGCUCACUAAGUACAAAAUGGUUGCUUGCAGUCAAACUUUUAGAUUCCAUACUUGAUGCUUUUUAUUGUGCAUCUAUAUGAUAAUACAAACAUUAUUAUAUGUCAGAAAAGCGACCUGUCCUUCCUGAGUUCCUUUGGACUAGAGCAGCUUUUUCUUCUGAUCUCCCCCCACCCCAUAUAAAUAAAUCUGUUUCUCGGUUCUGCAAUGUGUAAUCUAUUUCAUCUUGAAAGUUAUAGUUAUGUUAAGGAAUUCUAAGAAACCUCUGCUUACAACUUAAAUGGUUAUUUUUAAGAUUCACAUCUUCCACAACUUUCUUUUCCCAUGGAACAGGUUAUUUUGUUGGAAAUAAUUACUCAUUAAGUAUCAUCACCCUGUCUUCUGCUGUAAAAAAAGUCUGAUUAGAUACUGUGUAUGUUCUUACGUCCAUGAACUUCAGCUACUCGUGUGGAAUUGUCUGUAUGGGAAUGGAGUAGUGUUCAUGAUCUGUAUUUACGUCAUCAUAUGGAUGUAUAUUUAUUAAUAAAGUAAUUGCUUUAAACACAUAA